UUCUUUCAGUUUGAUAAACAGAAACCUGAGAGUAAAGUUGUUGUACUCUGUUGGUUGUGUCAACUUUUAACAAUAACAAUCAACCAAAUAGUUAAAAUCUAUUCAAAUUAACAAAAUUGUUCAAAUGAUAAUCAAUUAGUCUUGUGAUCAAUUGUGACGAAACAUUAAAUAAUCAACAGUUUCCAACAUAAAAUACAAUUGAAACAAAAACCUUCACUUAUUGUUUGUUGUUGUUGUUGUUUUGUUUUCUUACCUCAACCGAUUAUCUUAUUGUUUAAUUUAAUCUGGAUUAAAUUGUUCACUAACUGUUUUAUUUGUUUUCAAUUCAAUGGCUCCCAAUAGACGAUCUGUUCCUACCUCAUUGUCACUCUCUGAUUCAUCUGAUCCUGAAUCAUGGGGAUCGCCAACAAUUAACAAUCAUAACAACAAUAGUAACACAAAUAUUGGUAAAGUUAAAACGUUAAUAACAACAACGAGUGAAAUUGUCAAUGGUUCAACAAAUGGACACUUUAAUGGUAAUUCAAAUGGACACUAUGUUAAUACAACCAUUUUCAACACUCGUAAUCAUAUUAACAGGAUACAAGUUAACAGUUCCAAUGAUUGUGUUACUAAUGAUAAAAUUAAUGGCAGUGUGAAUGUUUCAUCAUCAUCAUCAUCAACAACAACAAUUACAACAACAACAAACUCAUCAUCCUCAUUAAAUCAUAAUCAUCAUCAUCAGCAUCGUGAAAACAAUAUCAAUGGUAAUCAUGAUCAACAUCCUUGGAAAAAUUGGCCUAAAAUUGAUUUGAUUAGUUCAAUUGAUCCAUUUGAAUCGAGUGAUUCAAUGAUUUCAGCAUUCGCUUGUGUUGCCCAUGUGAUUAAUAGUGAUUCAGCAAAUGAAGAAGAAGAAGAUCAAAUUGAUGGAGAUAAUGAGAUUAUUAGAAUUACUGGUGAUAAUUCAGAAAAUGGAAACGAUGAUUAUGAUGAAGAUAAUGGUUCAUACGAUUCGUCUAAUCAUCCUAAUUCAUUGGAAUCACCGGAAAAUUACCGACCCAUUCAUAAACCACAAUCACUUGUUGUUGAUUAUAAAAGUAACAAUGAUAAAAUUAACAGUAAAUUAAAUGGUAAAUGUUCAAUUAACGAUAAAUACAUUAACAAAUCUGAUCAAGUGAACACAAUUAAACCUUCACCACCUCCGCUAUCAACAAUACCUCGUCCAUUACAACAACCACCUCCACCUCCAGUCUCAUCAUCAUCAUCAUCAUCAACUAAAUCAACGAUAAUUACAACACCAACAACUUCAUCAACACUUUUCCCUAAUCAAAUUAACUCACCUACAUCAAAAUCAACUAUUCCUUCAAACUGUUCAUCAAUUACAACUCCAAUAACUGCCAAAGAUCAUCUUUAUGAGACAAUCUAUCCAUCCAAUAUCCGACUUACCAGAGAAUCAAAGUAUUUUUCUGAUUAUCAGAAUUAUCGUUCAAUUCUGAGUCACCAUAUUGAAUCAGCUUCAUCGUCACUGAAUCCAACCACCAAUGGACACACCUCUAUUAAAGUAAAUCAAUCUAAUCCUACCAACGAUAAUCCUAAUCAUUCAGCUUCCAUUGAUCUGAUUAACUCAAAAGAUAACAAAGAAAUGGUUCGAAGAGCAAAUUAUUCAUCAUCCCCAUCAUCAUCAUCAUCAUCGCCAUCGUCAUCAUCAAUUACAGGUAGAAACAGUUAUAAAAAUGUUACUGGACGAUUAUCAACAUCGUCAACUGUCAAUCAAUCAUAUAAUCAAGUAAAAUCAAUUCAAUAUAAUCAAAAUCAACGGACAAAACCACAAUCAUAUAAUUAUCAUCAUCCACAUCAUCAGCAUCAUCUUCCUGGUCAUAGUAAUUCAAGUUCAUUGUAUAAACCAUCAUUAUCUUCAUCUUCAUCAUCACUAAUGUCUCCACCUCCACCUUCAUCACCUUCACCAAUAUCACAAUUAAAUCAAGGUGAUCAUAAUCAACGAUUGAUGAAAAAAUUAUCAGACAAUUCAUCAUCACUGAAUAAUAACAACAACAGCAACAGUAACAAUAAUAAUAAUAAUUAUUAUCAUUCAUCAUCAUCUAAAUCAUCAACAAUUAGCAGACCAACAUAUUUAAAAUUUAAUAAAUCAACUAACCAGUUAUUUGAUGAAGUUGAUGGUAAACUAAUUAAUAAUAAUAAUCCACAACCUUCAACAAUUGGAAACAAAGUUACUAAUGAAAAAUUACAAUCAACACAAAUCAGCUCAAUUGAUAAUAUUAAUAAGGAUAAAAAUGUUGACAAUCAAAUUGAACAACAAACAAUUAAACUUAAACCUGAUCAAGUUUAUCCAAAUUCAAUUAGUAUACCGAUUAUAUCUCGAGCCAAUGUUAGAUCAACGGAAGAAUAUGCAACAAUAAUUAAAAGCCGAUCAAUUAACUCGAUGAAAAGUUCAACCUUAACUCCAUCAUCACCAAUCAAUAAUGAAGAAAUUAAAUUGCUAUCAAAAGAUGAUUCCAAUUUAAUUUCAGAAUCAAAGGGUAAACAAUCAAUUGAAUCACCAAUGUCUCUAAAUUCAUUGUCUUCACUAUCACCAACAAAUUCACCAUCAACAUCAUCAAUUGGAAAUAAUUUAAUUGAAACAAAGCACAAAUCAAUCAAAUCUAAAUCAAAGGAUAAAUCAUCUGGAUCACCUUUAUCUCAAUCAUCUUCAUCAUCAUCUCGAUCAUUUUUCUCAAGAUUUUUCUCAUUAACUCAUGUAAUCUCACGAACCUUUAGCGUUGAGAAGAUUGAUAAACACCAUCGAUCGUUAAACGAUCAUGGUAAAGGUACUAAUCUAAUCAAAUCCGCUGUUUCCACGCCAGCGUUAACAUUUUCAACUCGAUCAAAUACUUUGCUCAACGAUCUCAAUGGUAACAACAAUCAAUUCCCCUCGACACGAACUUUAAUUGAUUCACCGACUGGAAGUUAUAACAAUCAAGAGACAAUCGAACCCGUUUCGUUAACAACAUCAAAUUCUGGUUCUAAAUCUCUACAAACCAAAUCGUCUUCAUCCUUUGUUCGAGCUUUUAAGAAUCGAUUAAGUCUUCGGCGAAGUCGACGAAAGGUCAAAGUUAAAGUUGAUGUUACUCGAACCAAAUCAGAUCCAAGAGUAACUAAAAGUAAUCGAUACGAAGAUGACAAGAUGAUUCCAAAACAAUCAAUGAAAGAGGAAACGAUCCAUGGGUCAAUCGUUGCAACGAAUUCAGGUGACCACAUGAAAAUCGUUGAGAUUCAUCGUCCUCAAGGUAAACCUUUCGGAUUUUUUGUCGCCGUGGAACUGUUAAUAACGUUAAAGGUAUUUUCAUCUCAAGAAUUGAUUCCAAUGGAGAGAAAGCCUUUCAGGGAUUACUUGAAAUCGGUGACAGAUUAAUUGAAAUUGAUGGAAACGAUGUAACCGAAGCUUCAGUUAUCCAAGUUAAUCAAUUGAUGUCAAACAAAACUAAAUUAACUCUCAAGAUUGUACCUUUCAGCGUGAUUUCUGAUACAACGAAAACCGGAUAAUAACAUGAUUAUAAUCAUUCAAUUCCUUUAACCAUUACAAUUAAAAUGUCACAUGUAUAUCCAAUCAAACAUAAUACAUGUUGAUAGUUGUUGUCAUUUUAGUUUGUUUAUUAAUCGUUUUUACAAUUGUAAUACUUUGAUUGUCCAUAUUAUCAACACACAAUUAUCUUGAUAAUAUAUAAAUUGUUUACUACUAUUGUUGUUAAAUUUUUACAAAUCAACUUUGAAAAGUUUCAUAUUAUUAAUUGUACUUGUAUCAUAAUCUUAAAAAAAUAUUUAAUUGUGAAAACUUUUUAACUUUGUAAAACUUAAUGUUAACUGUUCAAUGAAAAUCGACCCAAUUGUUAAUCGUGA